CCCUUCCUCUGCCUCCAAAGCCCUGGACACGGUACACAAGGCCCAGAGUCCCUCCUGGAAGGGACAUACAAGGAACUGUUUGUGUUCCCAUGGCUGUGGUCAGCACCUUCAUCCCAGGACUCAACCCUCAGAAUCCUCAUUAUAUUCCAGGGUACUCUGGACACUGCCCACUACUGCGGUUCAGCAUGGGCCAGACCUAUGGGCAGGUGACGGCUCAGCUACUUCAAGGCCCUCCUGGCCUAGCCUGGCCUCCUGCCCACCGCACACUUCUGCCUCCCAUCCAGUCUCCAAGAGCUCGUGUGACUUCCAGGGGGAGGUUACCUCCCAGGCGCGGGCAUGAAAGGCUCAGCUCCAGCAUAAUCCCUGGGUAUACAGGUUUUAUACCACAGGCACGGUUCAUUUUUGCCAAGAACUGCAACCAGGUUUGGGCUGAAGCUAUGAAUGAUUUCAUACAAAGGCCUGGGCAGCAGGAGAGUCAUGAACUGUCACAGGAGGUCAAGGGAGAAGAGGUGGGCAAAGAACAAGGGCUGGAGCCACAGGAGCCAGAGCUGAAGCAGGAGGUGGCCCAGGUUUCCCCCUACUCCAUGGAUGACACAGAUCCCCAGAAGUUUUUCAUGUCAGGCUUCACCGGCUAUGUGCCCCGGGCCCGCUUCCUCUUUGGCUCCAGCUUCCCCGUACUCACCAACCAGGCACUGCAGGAAUUUGGGCAGAUGUGCUCACGGGACAGGGUGCAGAAGGAUCCCAAACCUCUUUCCCCACUCCCCAGGCCCAACUUCCAGAGCCUGGGUCUCCUCCCUCACUAUGGAGGCUAUGUGCCAGGGUACAAGUUCCAGUUUGGUGGUACAUUUGGGCAUCUCACCCAUGAUGCUCUUGGCUUCAACACCACUCAGAAACAGCUGCUGGCAUAAGUACCUGGAUUUCAGGUUCUCCUUUUCAUCCUAUCCCAGUGGUCUUUUUGGAAGGUGGAUGUGGGGGGAGGGGCACAACGAAAAAGGUU